CGUUUAAUUUACUUAUCUAAUACGAUUGUUUUGCAGGUGUUGAUUAAUUGUAAUCUACACCUGUAAAAUAUCUACUAGAAUUUUUCGACAGAAACUAAACAAUCUAAAAUGCCUAAAAGCAUUUUUCCAAAUCAGAAAAAUCUAAAGAAAUGAAAAUAGUGUCAAGAAAUUGAAUUACAAGCGUCCCAGCAUCUAUUCAGGGUUAAAGAACAAAGACUUCAAGAUUUUCAAAGAUCCCGAAAACUUUCUCACAGGUUUCAGAUUUGCAAAGACGAUGGAACAAAGAUGAUAAUUUUAAUCGAUUUGUUUGUACGUUUCCAGCAACGAAAAGAAGGUAACAAUAGAUAGAAUACAACGGUUUAUAGUAGUGACGAGUGUAGUAAGAGUAGUAUGGUGGUGGUGGUGCCUAAUAUGUACUCUUUUCAGCCCCCGGCCGACAGUUCAACGCGACCCGUAGUCUUCAACGGUUGCUCGUACAAUUCGAAUCCGACGUACCUUUAUAACGCCGUAUUUUUAUACUUUUCACUUUCCAUCCAUCGCGUUCAGUCGAUCACUGAAUUUAAUAUUUAAUCGACGAUCUUCUGUGUAUCCAACGAGAUGAUUAUUUAAUAAGUUUGAUGUUGAUUGCUUUGUGCUAGCAUCUCACUAUGACGUUUUGGGGAUUAUGAGAGCUUGCCAUCAAAACAAAUGGAUAUUUCGUCCAGGAUUAUCUGAGGAAAAUAUAAUGAAUGUACCUGAAGGUAACACGGUAUCAAUCACGUCCAAAGAUGUCGGAGAAGAGGCCCUAGCAUGAAAAAUAUCGGUAUAAUUAGAAUUUUGAUACUUAUUUUGACCCUCGGUGAUCUCCAGUCGGUCACAGUAGUAAAUCAUCAUCCGGACGAAGAGUAUUAUGUGGAACAUGAGGUCCUCUACGAAGAAGCAAUCGCCGAAGCGAAGAAGAUGGAAAUUUAUCCAGGUCCAAUUCCAGGAUGCAAACCUUGUACGGAUUCAGAGAUGACCUACUGUAAAGAUGGGAGCGUCAUAAGUGAUCAUUGUUGCUGCGACGGCAGUUCUAAUAAGGUAUUCCUCUUCGUUAAGCACACUUGUCGCGUCGGACCAGAAGAAUGUGAAGUACAGGCCAAAGACUGUGCCGAGUACACGAGGUUACGGGAAUGUUGCUGUCAUUCCUACCUAGCUUCUACUUGUGGAGAAAAUGUAAGCAGUAGUCAAACGAGUGAAAUCAAGGAGGAAUUACUUCUGAAUACAAAAGAAACAUAUCAGGACAACGUUGAAAAUUUGCCAAUCAACGAUACUUACAGAUCGCCAUUAAAUAGAAGAUGUCCUCUGUGCGACAGUUCGGUUUAUCCUUACUGCGGAGAAAAAUUAUUGCACGAUGCAUGUUGCUGCACGGAUUUCUAUGUCCAGGAUUUACCCCGUCAAUGUAAACUGGCGGAUUGUCGAUUUCUUCACGCAAAUACUUGCAGAGAACAUCGAUUAAUCGCUAUCUGUUGCUGCAAUGAUGAUUAUCGAUCUCUUUUAAAAAGUUUAUCUUUCAAAAAUAACAAUUCAAAUUGAAACUGCAUGAUGAACCAUCUCCAUUUUCUAAUUCUU